AUGGGUGCCAGCACUGAAUUCAUACAAGGCCACGGCUACCUCUCUCUCGGUCAAGCUGUCCACGUCGCCCAGAACAGCGAAGGCGGUGUUGACCAGCGACUUGCUCAAUUCCUCGAAAAACGUCUUGCCGAAGUUUGGUCAAAACUAAACGCCCAGCCGAACACCUACGUUCUGCCUUCGGACGAAUUCGCGCUUAUCAACUACUAUCGCACAAGAUUUGGAGACAACGAAUUAGUCAAGCAAGCAACUCGGCGCUUCUGGGAUAACCAUAAAGGCACCGGCACUCAGUCAGUACCACAAACGUACUGCACCAUUGCCGGUGGCAACUUGCUACGCAAUCGCGCCAAGCGUUACCCAGUCGGCCUUGUUUACGGUGAUUCUCAGAAGAGGCGGUUUUUACUUUUUUCUGCAUUGAUGAGCACACGAACGUCAAUACUGGCCUUCUCAUUCGGCGUUCAACGGCGUACUAAAAUACCGGAGACUUUCCGCAUAGAUACCUCUGAUCACGGAGUUUACGGAGUUCGCGCAAUAGACCACUCCUGGCAGGUUCCCAAAAUGGUGUUGGAUAUGGGUUUAUGGAAGCAUAAGAGCGAUGGAGUCUUUGCAUGGCGUAUUGGCAGAUCAUUAGAAUUGGACAUGCGAAAAUCACCUACGCGGGCGGCGCCCAGCUACGGAUCGCUAAGCGUCACAACACUGUUUUUAAUGCUAAUCACGCUUUUCCAAUGCACUUCCGCUUCAUCUACGACGCCACCGCAUCCCCAUGUUCAGACCCACUUAUUGGGACGCCGUGCUACGAACGAGUCCUCCCUGCUCCAAUGUUUGCAAGUUGCACCGCCGGUCCUGAGCCCUGCCGGUGGAUGCCAUGAGACUUUGAUGCAAUACACCUUUGCUCGCUCUUAUGGUCAGCCGUUUGUAGGCCAGUACAGCCCGCCAAACUGUAGCUUUAACAGAGUCACGAUCAACUUCACUGUCACGUCUGCUGGGCGCCAGUUUGAUAGACUAGCCCUGAUGUUUUUAGAUGACACAGAGGUCUUCCGCACAUCAACUGCCGAACCGACGCAGGAUGGCAUUAUCUGGAGCUAUGUCAAAGAUAUGAGCAGCUACCUUGCCCUCUUUAAGACAACACAAAAGAUUGUCUUCGACCUUGGAAAUCUCAUCGACGAUACUUACACGGGGUCCUGGGAUACGGUCCUAACCGCAACCUUCUUCACCGCUGAGGACAACAUCGAUGCUGCCGAUGUCAUCAUUCCCAUCUCGGCUCGAAAAUCCACACAAAAUGCUUCAAGCGCAUUUGUUGUGCCAGACACGAGGGCUGUUGACACUGUCACGCUUCCGCAGAAUGCCAAGAAGGCUGUUUUCUCCAUUGCCGCAUGCGGGCAGGCUGCCGAGGAGUUUUGGUGGAGCAACGUGCUGCAAUCCGAUGUCAAUACCUUUGGCGGUGAGACUACGCUGUACGGCCACUCGGCCUUCAGAGAGCUUCGGGUCCUCAUUGAUGGAUAUAUUGCUGGGGUUGUUUGGCCUUUUCCGGUCAUCUUCACAGGGGGUGUGGUACCAGGGUUCUGGAGACCAGUUGUCGGCAUUGAUGCGUUCGAUCUGCAGGAAGACGAGAUCGACAUUACCCCGUUCGUACCAUUGCUUAGCGACGGUCAACCCCAUACCUUUGAAAUUCAAGUUAUUGGCAUCGACAAUGAUGAGAGUGGCACAGGAACAUUCACGACGGCUAUUGGAUCAAACUGGGUUGUGACUGGUAAAGUCUUCAUCUGGCUCGAUGACAGCGAAGGUCCCACCACAGGCACCAUUCCUACCAUUUCAGCACCAGCUUCCUCGAUUGUACUGCAAUCGACAACAUACCGACUUGGGAAUAGCAGUCAAAGCACCGUCUUAGGCUACUCGCUUGAAGUGUUACGUAGCGUACACAUUGAGUCCACCAUCCAUACAUCUACGGGAUCAAAGAUAUCUGUCUGGUCGCAAAACGUCACCUUUUCCAAUGUUGGAACACUCAGUAAUGGCGGCAAUGACCAGCUUGUGAGUCAAUCAACCAAAGGUACCCUGUCUGGAUCCCCCGACUAUCGUAAGACUUUCGACUACCCUCUAUCGGUAAAUUCGUCGUACAGCGCCCCAACAGGUGGCAACGUGACCAUCGACGCCAGCAUGGAUCGAGCCAAGAACGUGCUGCAGCUAGGCGACCUCGCCUUUCCAAACAGCUGGGAGACAUUCGACUACGCCCCUCAUACUCCAUUCGGCGGCUCAAAUAUUGUCAAUCGCCAAAAUGGCACAGCGUCGUACUUGUCAGUGCCCACGCAGAACAAGUCGUACAGCGCAGGCACCACGGAGCAGCGCUACACGCUCAGCGGUAUCGACGGACCCCAGUCGGAGCUUCUCUACCAGCGCCACAUUGUCGCCGCCAACAACUCGGUCGUGUACGAUGAGGAAAGCUACGGGCGUCAGCUGCGUGGGCACAGCACAUUUGCCGCUCCCAGUGAGCGGUUCAAUCGCGGCGGCAUGCAUGAUUUUGCGGUCAUGGCAAUCAGGUCCAUGUUGGGGCGAGGCCCGGCGUAA